CGGGCCGGGCCGGCCGCGGGCCUUUAGUGCCGGCGGGAGGCGGCGCCGCCCGCUCUGCGCCAUGGAGGUCGUGUGGGCCGUGGGGCAGCUGGGCGCCGUGUGGGUGGCGGCGGUGCUGGGGCUCAUCGUGCUGCCCUCGGCGCUGGGCGUCUCGCUGGGCAUCUCUGAAGCCUAUAUGUGGGUGCUGGUGAAGACGCUGGAGUGGGCCACUAUCCGAUUACAAAAAGGUGCCAAAAAGCCGCAGCCGCAGAUACCACGGACUCCUACCGCCAAUGGUAUCAUUGAACGGGAUGAAACGCCUAUGGAGAAAGAAAUUGCCCUUCUGCAUCGAGCAGACUUCGAAUUCUCCCACAUUUUUUACUUCUGCAGAAAGGGGUUUGAGGCUAUUGUGGAAGAUGAAGUCACUCAACGAUUUUCCUCAGAAGAGCUGCUCUCCUGGAACCUGCUCACAAGAACUAAUGUCAACUUCCACUACAUCAGCCUGAGGCUGACUGUUGUGUGGGUCAUUGGGGUGGUGGUGCGGUACUGCUUCCUGCUGCCCCUACGCGUUUGCCUUGCUGCCAUCGGGAUUACAUCAAUGAUUGUGGGAACAACUGCGGUGGGACAGCUGCCAAAUGGCAGUGUGAAAAACUACCUGAGUGAAGUGGUUCACCUCACGUGCUCCCGCAUCCUUGUCAGAGCUCUGUCUGGUACUAUCCAUUACCAUAACAAGGAAAACAGACCUCGGAAAGGAGGAAUUUGUGUUGCCAACCAUACAUCACCAAUAGAUGCGAUCAUUUUGACAAAUGAUGGAUGCUAUGCAAUGGUGGGCCAGGUUCACGGUGGGCUGAUGGGCAUUAUCCAGCGGGCCACGGUCAAGGCCUGUCCUCACGUCUGGUUCGAGCGCUCCGAGAUCAAGGACCGCCAUCUAGUGACAAAAAGACUCAGGGAACAUGUGGCAGAUAAAAGCAAGCUCCCAAUCUUAAUUUUUCCAGAAGGCACCUGCAUAAACAAUACAUCUGUGAUGAUGUUCAAGAAGGGAAGCUUUGAAAUAGGAGGGACAAUCUAUCCUGUUGCAAUCAAAUAUGAUCCUCAGUUUGGAGAUGCCUUCUGGAACAGCAGCAAAUACAAUAUUGUGAGCUAUCUGCUGCGAAUAAUGACCAGCUGGGCCAUCGUUUGCAAUGUGUGGUACUUGCCACCAAUGGUUAGAAAGGAAGAUGAAGAUGCUGUUCAGUUUGCCAACAGAGUGAGGUCAGCCAUUGCUCGCCAAGGAGGACUGACCGAACUCCCAUGGGAUGGAGGACUGAAACGAGCAAAAGUCAAAGAUACUUUCAAAGAAGAACAGCAGAAAAACUACAGCAAAAUGCUAGUGAGAAAUGGAUCAGUAGGAAGCUUGUCUGCAGAAACUGAGUCAGACUGAAUGGUGGUUCUUGAAAAGUAACUUUGCACAACCAGCCUUAGCAGGAAUGUGUUUUUUUUAAAUUAAAAAAAAACUGUCAAAAAAUAGAGCAAGAAAACAACAAAA